AUGAGAGUACUAACCGCCGGUCUUAGUCUGACAAGGACGCACAUUUUGUCACCAGGAAGCGUCACACUAAAGAAGGUGCUCAUCGACAGCUGUCGGACAUGUUCCUCCGGGAUCCUGCCCAACGAGAGGAUCCGCAACUUCGGGAUCUCCGCUCACAUCGACUCGGGGAAGACCACCCUGACCGAGAGAGUCCUUUACUACACCGGCAGGAUAGCGGAGAUUCACGAAGUUAAGGGGAAGGAUGGUGUGGGGGCUACCAUGGACUCCAUGGAGCUGGAGAGGCAGAGGGGCAUCACCAUCCAGUCAGCUGCUACAUACACCAUGUGGAAGGACCACAACAUAAACAUCAUCGACACACCAGGUCACGUGGAUUUCACCAUCGAGGUGGAGCGAGCGCUCCGUGUGCUGGACGGGGCCGUGCUGGUCCUGUGUGCGGUGGGGGGCGUCCAGUGUCAGACCAUGACCGUCAACAGACAGAUGAAGCGCUACAACGUGCCCUUCCUCACCUUCAUAAACAAACUGGACCGAAUGGGAGCCAACCCCGGCCGGGCCCUGCUGCAGAUGAGAUCCAAACUGAACCACAAUGCAGCAUUUGUGAACAUCCCCAUGGGCCUGGAAGGAAACAUGCGCGGCAUCAUCGAUCUUAUAGAAGAGAGGAGCAUAUACUUUGAGGGCCCCUUUGGUCAGAGUCUCCGCUACGAUGAGAUCCCUGCGGACUUCCGAGCUGAAGCUGCGGACCGGAGGCAGGAACUGGUGGAGUGUGUGGCUAACGCUGACGAAAUCUUGGGGGAGAUGUUCCUGGAAGAGAAGAUUCCCACUAAAGAAGAUCUGAAGGAUGCGAUCCGCAGAGCCACGGUCCAGCGUCUCUUCACCCCGGUGCUGGUGGGAACAGCGCUGAAGAACAAAGGCGUCCAGCCCCUGCUGGACGCCGUCUUGGAUUAUCUGCCGAACCCCAGUGAGGUCAAAAACUACGCCAUCCGCAAUGAUGAAGAGACUGCGGAAAGCUCAAAGAUUGAAAUGAGCCCUACACGAGACUCUUCCAACACCUAUGUUGGUUUGGCCUUCAAACUGGAGGCCGGGAGGUUCGGGCAGCUGACGUACAUACGGGUGUACCAGGGCUGUCUGAAGAAGGGAGAGUACAUCUACAACACGCGCACAGGCAAGAAAGUCCGGGUGCAGAGGCUGGUGCGCCUCCACGCCGAUCAGAUGGAGGAUGUGGACGAGGUGUACGCCGGCGAUAUCUGCGCUCUGUUUGGGAUUGACUGUGCGAGUGGAGACACUUUCACAUCCAAGAGUGGUGCCGACCUCUCCAUGGAGUCUAUUCACAUCCCAGAACCUGUCAUUUCCAUGUCCAUGAAGCCAUCCAACAAGAAUGAUAUGGAUAAAUUCUCCAAAGGCAUCAACCGUUUCACCAGAGAGGAUCCCACAUUCAGAGUCCAUUAUGACACAGAGAGCAAAGAAACCAUCAUUUCAGGCAUGGGUGAGCUGCAUCUGGAGAUCUAUUCCCAGAGGAUGGAGCGUGAAUAUAACUGCCCCUGCGUGAUGGGGAAACCCAAAGUGGCCUUCAGAGAGACCAUAACCAGCCCUGUGCCGUUCGACUUCACCCACAAGAAGCAGACCGGUGGCUCCGGGCAGUACGGCAAAGUGACCGGGGUCCUGGAGCCUCUUGAGCCCGAGGACUACACCAAGCUGGAGUUCGAGGACCAGACUGUGGGAACCAACGUCCCCAAGCAGUUUGUGCCGGCGGGCUUCAGGGAUUCCUGUGAGAAGGGCCCUCUGAGCGGACACAAAAUCUCCGGCGUCCGAUUCCUCCUGGAAGACGGAGGUAACCACAUGGUCGACUCCAAUGAGAUCUCCUUCAUCCGUGCAGCCGAGGGCGCCCCGAUCAUGUCCGUGGAAAUCGUCGCACCUCAGGAGUUUCAGGGCUCGGUCAUCGCCGGGGUCAACCGGCGCCACGGCGUCAUCACCGGGCAGGACGGAGCCGACGGAUACUUCACGUUGUACGCUGAUGUUCCUCUCAACGAUAUGUUCGGCUACGCCACCGAGCUCCGCUCCUGCACUGAAGGAAAGGGAGAAUACACCAUGGACUACAGCAGAUAUCAGCCCUGCCUGCCAGCCACGCAAGAGGAGCUCGUCCACAAAUACUUGGAGGCCACGGGACAGCUACCUGCAAAGAAGAACAAGUGGAAGAGCUGA